AUGGCUCUCCAGCUUCUUUGUGAAACACAAACACACUCCCAAUUCCUUCUCUCGAACGACGCUGGUACCCCGAAACAUCAUCUUCUCCGAUUCACGACCGUUCCAAUUCUUUAUUUAUCUCAGAGUAAGGCGAUUUCCGGCGACUUCGUCCUUCCACUCGAUUUCUCUAACUCUUUUCAAUCCACGGGAUCAAAGCUUUCUUCCAAAGACCAUAGGGAUUAUGAGCUUGGAUUUUGCGACGGUGAUGAUAAAUUAACAGAGGGAACCACCGAGAUCCUCCUUUACGAGCUACCAUCUACCAUAAAAUGUAAAGAAGAUGACAAGGAGAUGGAAUAUUCGAAGGAUUCUGAAGCUUACCAACAUCGUUCAUAG